AUGGCGCUCACCACCUCCAAACGCCUCCACUUAUCAGCGGCGGUCAUACUAACAUACGCCGUAUGUGUACUCUCCCUAAAGGGUUGCCCCAGUUGCGGAUCCACCCCAGUUCCCUAUCCUCUUAGCACCGCUCCAGACUGCGGUGACCAGUCGUAUAAAAUCCGGUGCAACGCCACCUCCCUUUUCUUCGACUCCCUCAAUAACAGUUACCCAAUCACUUCCAUUUCCCCCUCCAAUCAACGCCUCACCAUUGAACCCUCACCUUUCCUCGCGAACACCUGCAUCACAACCGAUCAGCUCACCUCUAAUGGCUUACAACUUAACUCCUCCGCCCCCUUCAACAUCACCAGCAGUAACACCGUCUUCUUCCUCAACUGCUCCACCAGCAUCUUGAUAUCCCCCUUAAACUGCUCCUCCAACAACCUCUGUCACGUGUACAUCGAUGGCACGACCAGGAAUGGCUGCGUGGAUACGCAGGUGUGUUGUGCGUUGCAGGCGGGAGCCUCGGUGACUAGGUACACGCUAGGGUUCAAGGAGAGUGGUUGCGCGGGGUACCGGAGCUUCGUGAAUUUGGAUUCCAGUUUACCGGUGAGCAGAUGGCCGGCUCCUGGAGUGGAGUUGGAGUGGCUUUUGCCCAGAGAGCCCACUUGUGGGGAACUAGGCGAUUGCGAUUCGGGAUCCACUUGUAGUCCCGAUCCGAACUCGAAUGGUUUGAUCAAAAGAUGCUUUUGCAACUCCGGGUUGCAAUGGGACUCGGUUGUUGGACAGUGUAUUAAAGUGCCGGAUGGCCGUGAUAAAGUUCGAAUCGCCCUUAUAACAGGUUUAACUAUAGGCCUUACUGUAGCACUCUUAGCAGCACUGAAAGUUAUUGAUGUCAAUAGAGAGGAGGAUGACGUGAGCUUGGCCACUUAUGUGCAGAGAUUGGUGGAGGAGGAGAGGAUAAUGGACGUGGUUGAUCCAAUGUUGACUAGGGAAGGAGUAAGCAACAUGGGGUUUCAGAGCAUGAAGGCUUUAGGGUUUCUGGCUUUACGAUGCUUGAACGAAUACAAACAAAACAGGCCUUCUAUGAAGGAGGUCGCUGAGGAGAUUGAAUACAUUAUCAGUAUUGCAACAGCUGAUUUCACUAAGUAG